AUUGAAGUUCCAACUAAACAAAAUUUUGUUAUAGUUUUGAAUAUAUUGUUUUUAUGAGAAUCAAUACUACAAAUAAUAAAUCAAUAAAACACUAGAUGAACACCACUGCUGAACAAGAAACAAAGUAUAUGUUAGAAGGUAAAAUUAUGAUACCAGCAACACCUGAUGGAGUUGCUGCAUCAAUUGCAUUAGGAAAUAAGUUAUUUGAUUUCAACCAUGAACGAGAUUUUACUAAGAGAAGAGAAAUCCUUCAAACAAUAGUUGGUCACUUAGGAGAAAAUAGCAAUGUCUUUGUGCCAUUCAAUUGCACACGAGGAAAUUUCAUUGACAUUGGAGACAACACAGUCAUUAACAUUAAUUGUUAUAUUCUUGAAGGUGGACCAGUGAAAAUAGGAAAUAAUGUGAUGAUAGGACCUAAUGUUAGUCUUAUAGGUGGUACACACUCGACUGAUCCAAAGAUCAGAAACGCAUGUGGUGGAACAGCAUAUGGAAAACCAAUUACCAUCAAGGAUGGAGCAUGGAUAGGAUGUGGUGCAAUCAUCUUACCAGGUGUAACAAUUGGAGAAAAUGCGGUUGUUGGGUCAGGAAGUGUAGUCACGCAUGAUGUUCCAGACAAUAUGAUUGCUGUUGGAAAUCCUGCUAAAGUUAGGAGAAGAGUUUCAGAACAUCUAGGAUGGACAAUAGAGAAUAGGGAUGUUCCAUUAGACUAAGACAGAAUAUAUGAAAUAAUUAUAAAUGGUAAUUAACUUUAUUUUAAUGACAAAUAUUAAGAAACAACUUGUUUGAUAAUUUAUUAUAAAUUCAAUUCAUACAAAUACAAAGAAUUAUCUCUAAGAUAAAGUUUGGUAAUGAAAAUUAGAAGUAUAAAAGUUGAGUCAUAAUAAAUUAAAUAGA